CGUUGCAGAGGCGUGUCAACCAGGACAGCCCUACAACAUCCAGAGCCUUGAGGAACUCGGGGCGGAUCUCAUCCACCCCCGGGGCCCUGCCGCUUCGGAGCUGUUUGACUGCCUCCGCGACCUCGGCCCCAGUGAUGAACGAGCCCACCACCAAAUCCCCCGGCUCAGGUCCCUCCUCGGAAUGCAUGUUGGUGGAAUUGAGGAGAUCCUCGAAGUAUUCCUUCCACCGCCCGACUAUACUCUCAGUCGAGGUCAGCAGCUCCCCAUCCACACUGUAAACAGUGCGAACAAAGGGCCGCUUCCCCUUCCUAAGCCGUCGGACAGUUUGCCAGAACCUCUUCGAGGCCGACUGAAAGUCUUCCUCCAUGGCCUCACCAAACCUCUCCCACGCCCGAGUUUUCGCCUCGCCAACCGCCCGGGCCGCAGAUCGCUUGGUCUGCCGGUACCUGUCAGCUGCCUCCGGAGUCCCACAAGCCAGCCACGACCUGUAGGACUCCUUCUUCAGCUUGACGGCACCCUUCACCUCUGGUGUCCACCAGCAGGUUCGGGGAUUACCGCCACGACUGGCACCAACAGCCUUGCGACCGCAGCUCCGGACAGCCGCCUCAGCAAUGGCAACGUUGAACCGGGCCCAUUCCGACUCCAUGUCCCCCGCCACCCCCGGAACGCGGUCAAAGCUUUGCCGGAGGUGGGAGUUGAAAACCAACCUAACAGGGUCCUCCGCCAGACGUUCCCAGCAGACCCUCACUGUUCGUUUGGGUCUGCCAGGUCUGUCUGGCAUCCUCCCCCGCCACCUGAUCCAACUCACCACCAGGUGGUGAUCAGUUGACAGCUCUGCUCCUCUCUUCACUCGAGUGUCCAGAACAUACGGCCGCAGAUCAGCCGAUACGACUACAAAGUCGAUCAGCGAUCUGCGACCUAGGGUGUCCUGGUGCCACGUGCACUUGUGAACACCCUUAUGUUCGA